CAUGAUUCUAAAUCAGCAUUGAAGAGAACGAAGUCCGAACUAAGUAAACUGCUAUUUCAUAUUUAUGAUCAAAGUUACCUCUGAGACACAAUUCCCUCCUUCUACUUUUAAAGGACAUUCUAAAAUAAUGAAUCCCAUUUUCAGACAGAGCAUCCGAAACAAGUUCCCACCCCAUCAAUCAGAACUCGCUAGUGAGUGAGCACCCACUAAUCUUGUAGAAUAUUCUCAAGAUUUUUGCUGAUCAAACGUUAACAAUCCUUGAGAAAUUAAUGCAAUUCUGCUUCUUCUGGGUUUGUUACAGGGAGGAAUUUGCAAAGAAAUUUCCCUACUGAAUAGCAAUUUAAAUUGGAUCCAAACCUGCAUUCACGAGCAGUUACUUGUAAAUCACUCUGGGAGUUCAAGUGCAGUAGAGUGGAGUAUUCUUGGUACUAGUUAGUCUCUUGAGACUCUUCCACUUUCACUGUACCAUCUCAAUGGCCUCCAAUGGUGCAAAACAGCCCUUGCUAUCAGGAUUAUUGGAUUCCACUGUUCAAUCAAACAGUGCACAAGCUCCCAGCAAAAGAAGAUUUCGCCGGGUUAAAAGUGCUCCUGCGGCAGAGUUUAUUCUUUCAGAUGUUUGUAGUGAUAGAACACUUCAACAUCCUGAAUCCAUUUUCAGGAAAAUUGAGCCGAGUAUUAGGAAUGUGGCUAUUCUCUUGGCUGGCUAUUUGGGUGUUGGCACCAUGUGCUUCUACAUUUUCAGGGAUGAUAUCGAAGGGACAAAAACAAACCCAAUUCUUGAUGCUAUGUAUUUCAGUGUUGUGACUAUGACUACUGUUGGGUAUGGGGACUUGGUGCCAAAUACUGCCUUUGUGAAGAUGCUUGCAUGCGUGUUUGUCUUCACAGGUGUGGCAAUUGUUGGAUUAAUAUUAAGCAAAGCAGCAGACUACCUGGUAGAGAAGCAGGAAAUUAUGCUUGUUGAAGCCUUAAACAAGCAUAAAAAAAUGGGUCAAUUAGAAACCAUGAAGGAUAUUGAAACCAACAGAGUGAGAUACAAGUGUUACUUGGCCAUGGGAAUUCUUUCACUGCUUAUGAUGGUUGGAACAAUAUUCCUACUUAAUAUUGAGAAGAUGGACAUGAUUGACGCUGUCUAUUGUGUAUGUUCAACUGUCACUACUCUAGGUUUUGGAGAUGAGAGCUUCUCAACUAGAACGGGACGUGCUUUUGGCAUAGUAUGGAUACUGAUCAGUACUCUUGGUUUAGGCCAGGUCUUUCUCUAUGUCGCGGAGGUAUUCACUGAAACUAGACAAAGGGCAUUAGUGAACUGGGUUCUUACUAGAAAGACUACCAAUGAAGAUUUGGAGGCGGCUGAUAUUGACAACAAUGGAGUUGUUGGGGCUGCUGAGUUUAUCUUGUACAAGCUUAAAGAGAUGGGGAAGAUUACAGAAGAUGAUAUCUCAAUUGUAAUGGAAGAGUUUGAGAAGCUUGAUGUUGAUGAAUCAGGAACCUUAUCAGUAUCAGACUUGGUGCUUGCUCAAUCAAAGAGGUGAAUUUGAUCAUCUGAGAACCAUUACAAGAAGUGCUUUGUCGGCUUGAAUGUAAAAUUAAUGUUCUUCUAUUUCAAGUUUGCGUAGUAUCUCUAUUAUUUUAUAGGAUGUAAACCAUGUUCUUCAAUUGCAUGGUUAAGGCUUAUGAAAGGUUGGAUGUUACCACAUGUUCCACAUCCAAUAAGAGUUUAUCUAUUGCUUUCUUAAUAAUAGUAUGACUUAGUUUCUCCA